AUGACUGAUGAACCAACUGAACCCGUAAAGUACUUCAAAUUGGAGUCCAAAGAGAACACAGAAUUGAAGAUUUCUGCUUUGGCUGCCGAGCAAUCGGGACUUCUAUCAAAAAUGGUCAAACAUCUCGAUUUGUCUGCUGACUACGAGAAUAUGGAGCCGAUUCCAAUCACGAAUAUCUCUGAGAAAACAUUGGUCAAAGUCAUCGAAUGGUGUGAGAAGCACAAAGAGGACCCGAUGCUCGAGGAUCGUCUUCCAGACCCUCCCGUCGUUGUUAUCCCCGAGUGGGACCAGGAAUUUCUCCAAAUCGAUAACGUUGAAUUGUUCGAUUUGAUCGUUGCUGUCAACUACCUCAAUAUCCAGAGAUUGAUGAACUACGCUUGUAAGAAAGUGGCGUUGAUGGGCAAGGGAAAGUCUCCAGAAGAGCUUCGUGUCAUCUUCGGAAUCCCGACUGAUGAGGAGGAUGCGGAGAUGGAGAGAGCUGCUGCAGAGAAGAUCAAGGCGGAGAGGGAAGCUUCUGCUGCUGUUAAUUCUCACUAA